AUGGUACGUUUAGUCGCAGUAUGUCGUUCGGACGAUCACAAGUUUGAACGACGUCAACUUCCACUGAUAGUAGAUGAAACAUUGACAAUGGUGGCACAAUUUAAUGAAAGAUGCACUGAUUGUAAACAUAUCUCAGAUGCCAAGAAGAAAAGAGAAUUAGAUAGAUUUGUACAAAGGUUCAACUUAUUAACUAAAGAUGAAGUUGCCAUUGCCUUAAUGGUUACAAAUCAAACUUUAAUGAAUCAGUUAGCACAUACAGUUUCUUGUGUUGGUUGUCGACGAAGUGUUGAACACUUAUUAAAUCUGUUAGUGGCAUCACAGCAUCCUACAUUGGAACCAUUGGUAGUUACUCAAAGAGCUGAAUUAUCAUUAAAACAUGAAUACCUCUUUGAUCCUAAAGCUGUGUUUGCUUUAUUUUAUAUUCAUGGUACAAAUGUAAAUGAUGUGAUGGAUUCUAUUCCUAUUAAUAAAAAGAACAAAAGAUGUAAUUUACAUUCAUUAGAAACUCUUAAAGCCAAGACUUACGUGAGUAGCUGGAUAGAUACAUGGGAUUUAUUAUCUACAGAAUGUAGAGAAGAGGUUGUUUUAAUAGAUGCUGAUAAUUUAUUAGAUACAUUAAAUAUUUAUCUUCGAAAACACAGGUUUUGUACUGAAUGUAAAUCUAAAGUUCAUGCAGCCUAUAGUAUUCUAAUUAAAGAAAUAGAUAGCAGUAAAGAAAAAGGUUAUUGUCCAGCCCUAUAUGAAGGUUUAAGAUUCUGCCAACAGGAAGCCCAUAUUCAUGUUGUAUGUGAAACUGAUUUUAUAGCCCAUUUAAUCAGUAAGGCGGAGCCAGAAAUUGCUGGGAAUUAUCGUAGAGAUCGUCAUGCUAAAACUAUGGACAUAGCUCAAGAAGAAGUUUUAACGUGUCUUGGUGUUCAUAUCUAUGAAAGACUAGAUCGUAUAGGUCAGAAGUUGCGACUGGAAGAGCAAACAUGGCAGAUACUGUUUUCUUUAGGAGCACAGUGUUUACAGAAAAGUUUUGAGGUGGCACUAGAGUGUAAGCAGGGUAUUUCUAAUCUAGAAUUAGUAUGUGAGGAGUUUUUAGAGGAGGAACGUGUUAAAAAUGAGAAGAAACAACAAAAGAAACAGAAAAGAAAGAAAAAGAAGGGAAAAGUUCAACCUGCUGAAAAAGAGAAUUGUCAGAAAGAGGAAAUAGCACAAUGCCAGGUAAAAUCAUUUUAG